AAACAGACAUGGAAGCACCAGGUGAAGACCUCUUUAGAGGCAGAGCGCUGUACUAGCUUCUUUCCUACCGUCUUAUGUCUCAUUCGCUCGUUGUACACAGUUCCUGUCCACCAGCCUGGUGUGUCGUGUAAAUUUACAACAUCAAAAGUCACGCUAUCCCCCUCCAGUGUGUGUGCCAGCCAGCAAAAACCCAAACUGAUGAGGAUCGCUUGAUUCAGUUGAAAAUAAGAUUCUUGCUUUUUCUUUUUUUUUUUUUUUCAAGCGGAAAGAAUGUCGGAAAGGGCCGAGGAUGACGUCAGGGGGGAGCAGCGCCGAGCGGCCAGGCAGCAGCUGAAGCAGCAGCAGCAGCAGCAGCUCCAGCGGGGAGAAGGCUCCACAGCAAUGGCGACUGUUGCGGAGCGGAGAGCGUUGCCUAGUCCCGAAAUCAUGGUGGGACAGCCUUGGAGCAACUGGGCCGACGCCGUCAAACUCCACGGACACGACGGUGCUGAAUCGGAAGAAAGUUUCAAAGACUUGGGGAAAAAUCGAGAAGCCAUGCGUUUGUGCAGAGAAGACAUGCCGAUAUUUGGCCAGUAUCCCGCACAGGACGAUUUCUACCUGGUGAUGUGCAGCCACUGUGGUCAUGUGGUUAAGCCACAAGCCUUCCAAGCACACUACGAGCGAAGACACACUUCUGCCAGCAAGCCGGCCUCAACGUCGCCCUUCUCUGUGACGGGCAGAAACCGAAGCAGCAGCGCUGGGCUCGGGCCUGGGCUGGGCGCCGCAACUGUGGCAGGAGUGACAAGUGGAGGCAUUCUUAGCCGACCGUCUGCUGCCGGCUCUAGUUUAUCCUCCUCCUCAUCAUCCUCCUCUAAUCCAAAACUCGUCAAAUCCGCCAAAGAGAAGCUGCCAGGCAUUCAGCGAAGACCCCACUUUCCCCCAUUCAGGAUGAUCCAGCCAGAUAAAAUCCUCACCCCAGCUGUUAAGGUGGAGAAGAUACAUCUGAGGGUGGACUCAUCAGCUAAGCUGGUGCAGGCUCCAUCUGCCCCCGCUACCACUUCAUCCUCCUCUUCUACAUCCUCCUCUAGCACCACUGUGAGCUCGAACACUACCGCCAUCACGACCUCCUCCUCAUCAGCCCUUAAAGCAGGCCUUAACUGUCCCUCCAUACCAAAGCCUCCUUUGCUGGCCCCUGGUCAUAUCCCCAACGGCAAGGGCCUCCUAUCCGAGAAGAAGCAUGACAACAGCAGCACCAGUAGCAGACGCCACUUUAGCAAGAAAGUGUCAGAGCGUGAGUUCAAUCCAGACAUCCACUGUGGCGUUGUGGAUAUAACGUCUCGGAAACCCUGCACAAGAUCCCUCACAUGCAAGACACAUUCCUUAAGCCAGCGGAGGGCAGUGCCAGGGCGAAGGAAGCGCUUUGACACAUUGCUGGCAGAGCACAAGAACAGAACAAGGGAGCGGGAGAGGGAGCGAGAACUCCACCAACCCAAUUCCCAGCAAAACGCCCCUCUCAGGGACCCACACCCCUCUACCCACCUCACCCCAGGCCAUGAAGCCCACCAUGUGGCUCAUGGCAAUGGCCCAGCCCCCGAUGCCACUAAGCCUUUGCCUCUGGGAAAGCCCAAAUUUCACAGUCCUGGUCUUCCACGACUAAACAGCAGUCACGGAGGUGGAUCCUCUGGAGAGCCUGCAGUAGUCCAUGAAUCCCCGCACCAUCCCCAAACUACACUUGAUGGUUUUUCCAGACCCUCUAGUGAUGAAGGCGAGAAUGAGGACCGUGAGGACAACUCUGACAAACUGGACUGUCAUUAUUCAGGUUAUCACCCACGACCGGCAGCUUACUGUACCUUUGGAAGUCGACUGUUUGGGAGAAGCUGUUACUCCUUUGACAGGCGAUGGGACAAUGUGCGAUGUGCCCUAACCACCAUGAUGGAAAAGCACGUCAACUCACAGAUGUGGAAGAAAAUCCCCUUGGCCUUGGAGAAUUCCUCCUCUGUUGCACCUACCCAUAGGACAAGCACAAUUUCCCAUGGUAGCACUCCCUCCUCAGGCUUCCUGGGCCCCCCUGCCACAUUGCCCCAAACUCCUUAUAGCCAAUCUUACGAGGGCAAGUCCGUGCUCUCCUAUGGGACCACCUUAAAUGCUCGUAGUUCCCCACAGGGCGGGGCUGAGCACCCGGCCUAUGGCACCACGCAGGCCCGACAAGUGUCUUCGUCGCCGCAGAUGCCUUCAGCCCACUUGUCCUCAUCCUCCUCUUCCUCAGCUCCCUCCCCCGCCUCAGGCCGGGCUGUUAAGGCUCGUUCCUCCAGCAACGCCUCUACCAAGUCAUCAUCGUCAUCGUUUAGGCCCAAAGAGAACCCCUCUGGCUCCUCCGCACCUGUCACACCCAACUCCACGAGUGGAGGAAGCACUGGAGCAAACAGUAACAGUAGCAGCACUAGCUUUAGCUCGGGAAAGAAGAGGAAGAACAGCUCUGUCCUCUCUUCAUCCCACAGCUCCUCUGAAUCCUCUUCUAACGCCAAUUUCUCUUCCUCCUCUAUCAAGAAGAACUGUGCAAAUGUCAGCAGCUCAGGGAGUACCUACCACCACAGCUCAUUAGGUCUGUCGUCCUCAUCUUCGUUAUCCUUCUCCCACAGUGGAGUCCACAGCGUGGGGCUCAACUGUGGCCCUAAUGUACGGACCAACUCACUUAGUCUCAAGGCAGAGCCUUCUGGAGGUUCAGCUGGCGGCUCCUCUGGGCCACCAGCACGAGGUCCUCCUUCAGGCAGCCCUGCAGAGUCCAUCAAGCGUAUGAGUGUGGUGAUGAACAGCAGUGACUCCACUCUUUCCCUGGGGCCUUUUGUCCACCACCAGUCCUCAUCUGCAACUGACCACCACGGCAGCUUUAGCCACCACUCCUCAGACGGACGCCUGGAGGGCAAGAAGCGCAAAAGCUCCUCUGCCCAAAGCGGCAUUCAUGGCGGAGGUGGAGGGGGAGGACCCGGACCAGGUCGACCCAAAGUGGCCAAGUCCCCUGCCAUUAACAACAUUCACGGGAAGCAUGGGCGAAGCAUUCCAGGGACAACAGGUCUACCCAACAAUUCCCAUUUACAUCAGCCAAAGGCUCGUCCCUGACAGCAGUCUGCGUUUGGAACUGGCGGGCAGACGGGAAAUAGUCCAGAGUGGUCUGCAUACUGCAUUCUGAACUGCAAGAGGCCUUCUAAAAUAAGAUCCACAGUUCCCUCAGCUUCCCACAAUCCUCAGGGUGGAGAUGAUCUCGACUGCCCAAUGAAGUAGAUGUGGUCCUUACUAUUUUUCCCAAAGCCAUGUAUGUAUGUGUGUAUGUAUGUGAGUGUGUGUUUGUGUAUACAUUUGUUUGCGCUUGUGUGUAAAGGUGUGGUGAGCAGGGCCACUGAGUAGGGAAGGGGUUCUAAUAAGCGAGCCAGGAAUCCCCCUACACAGGUCUUGUAAACGAAAGGUCUUCCUGUCUGGUUGGAGGUAGAAGGAACACAGGCUCUUGUGGGUCCUGUAGUUCUGAUUAAGGGCUGCCGCGACAAGGCGUCAGGACGCUGAGCAAUGGAGAGAUGACAAGCCGCUCUCUUCCAUGUAUGUCGAAGAAUGGCUGUGUAAAUGUGUGUUUGUGUAUUUUUCUCAUGUCAGAUUCUGCUGGACUACUGGAAUUUGCAAACUUAAAUACACCCCCAGCGCCUGAUUUAAGAAGCCUUGCAAGGAGAGCAUGAGGAGGAGCAAACUUAAUAUCAACAUCUUUAAACAACACACAAUCAGCUUGUUGUUUGGCUUUUUGUCAGAAAGACUCUUGACGACACAUUUAGUGACCUCGGGUUGCAUAAGGUUGCCUGAGAAGAGCCCACGGGGACGAUCUGGUUAAUUCUUUAAUCACCCGGAAAAAUUAUGCAAGUGUUACUUUUUUUAUGAUUUCUUAUGAGCUUUUUACACUGAACUACAAGGUGUUUGUAGACUCGGUGAAGACGGUUAUGCUUUUAAAUGUGAAAACGACGCUUGAUGUGUCCAUUUGAUUGAAUCUUUUGUGAGGGAGAUGGCUUGGUCCCGAUGGGACACCUGUUGGUUUCCUUCACCUUUCAUCACAGACAAACGACAGCCACAGUAGACCUACCCCCAACUGUGAACAGCACUAAGUAUCUGCUCUCUCCACCGGCACUGCUCUGCUGUCCACAAAGCUAGACACAAGCUGCCACAACUAGGCCAACUACCUUUUUUUUCCUUUUUUAGUUAAGGGAGUCUUGCUCAUGAAGCAGUGAUGGUGCAUUGUGGAUAUGAGGAAUAUCUGUGUAAGCUGUAUUGUUUUAGCCACAGCUUGCCUACUUUUAAACCAUACAGCUGUGUGAAAACCUCGGCUGCAUCCGGGCAGAUGUGAAUUGUAACAUUUAAUUUUUACUUACUAGGGAAUCAGGUAUGGUACGUCUUAACUGGAACAAACUGCACGUGACUCGUGUUCUGUGGGUUCGAUUGUCCCCCGCGUUUGUAACCACUACCCAAGUCUCUGGAUGUCUCUCUGAACGUUUCAAUGCCUCACUGUAACACUACGUCGGGAAGUGUUGAAGAUGUCCCUCACAGUCGCCAGGCAUUUACACUUUAUUCCUUUAGUCAAAAUGGAGUCUUAAAUCUUUUCCCUCUUGUGGGGAUGUUCGCUUAUUUAGAUAGUUCUGGGUGAGUUCCAUGGUGCGAGUUUCACAGAGAUGGCUUCACGCAAAACUUCUGGCAACGCCUGUUGAUUAAUGGAACCCUCCCUGAUGUCAAAUAGUGUGGAAAAGUCGAGAUAUCGUUUUGUUUUCGGUGUUUGUUUGUUUUUUAAGAAAAGCAUUUGAUUUAGCUUUUAUUCCCCUUUCUUGUAGCUUAUGUAAACAGUAUUCCCGUAUCCCUAUUUGAGAAUACAUAUUUUGUUAACAGAUUGUACAUAGUAAAGUAUGUAUUUUUGCACAGGCAUUUUUCGUACACGCAAAAUUUUUGGUACAAUUUUAAAAGUCAUUAUUUAUUUAGUUUUUAAAAAGUUGAAACGUCAGAGAACAUUGACUAUUUGAAGUGGUUCACUGCCAAGUGUAUACAAUGCAAUACACCUGUAUGUCGAGGCUGAAGCAUCUCAUGAAUCGUGUACUUGGAUCCUUUGAGGAAACGAGCGUUGCCACUGUAGCAUGUCUGUACGACGGAGGGUACCUUUGUUCACUUUUCAAGGUCUCAAUCACGCGUGCUUUUACAAGACAUUUUAUGUUGCCUAUGAAUCAACUGAAAAAAAAGAAGAAAAAAAAGCUUCUUGUGACCCAGUUAGUCUGCAGUUUUGCAAUGUCAUGCAGGCUUGAAGCUGUGCGCCGUUGUCUGAAGUCUCUGUGGACUCAAAGCGUUCGCUGUGCAGACCUUAAAUGGACUUAAAGAUCCAAACACUUGUUCUUUUCUAAAAGGCAAAAGGGACAUAGCAAUUAUUGCAAGGAAGAGGAACACUUCAGACGGUCCACCUGCUUGCAUCAUCGUUGCCAAACAAGUAAUUUGAAUCACAGCUUUUAAAGGAAAUAUCAAAUUAAGAAAGUGCCUGAAUUUGUUUACCCUGACUGUUUGUGGACAGUGUUUUUGGGUCGUUUUACCUUUUACUUGAAUGUUAAAAGUAUUUAGGAGUUUGAUUUUCAAUCUGCUGAUGUGGUAAAAACCUGAGUCAGUCGGCUGCCCAGUAGAAAACUCUGUUUUUCUGGAUCAGAUAUAGCAAAUUUGUUGGCCUCUGGUUGACUCAAGAUUUGUAUGUUUUUUUUUUUUUUUUUUCCUCCAAAUCUGCCCUCAGAACUCUUGUUUCCUGUACAUGGAGACAUCAUGUGGAUGUCUUCUUUAUUCGCACCAUUGACUUGGAAUGUGAAUGUGAGGGAGAAUAUAGCUCGUCUGGGAAGUUAAAGAAAGCCCACCAUUCAUACUAUGUAAAAGCGUGUAUAGAUUUUUUUUGUAAUCAUUUUCAGCUGGACUUGUAUUGGCUGCUAUGUAAUUCAUGAACAAAACAUAGGUUAGAAUUGAUAUUUAAAGAAAAGAUUGUAUAGUAUAUUUGUUUUGUAACAAGUUUGU